AAAGCUACGACAGUCGAGUGGCGGGACGAGCUACGCAGAAGUUUACCGAAGAUCAGGAACCUAUACCUUACAAUCAAGAAGCGAGCACAAAGAAAUGAAAUUGGUCUAUACUAGCUCGUAAAAACGAUAUUGGAUAUGCAUUGAAUAUUAAAACGUUUCUUUGGCGGUAAAAAUAUAGAUUGUGUUACACUGGUCACUCGAUUGCAAGCAAGUCAUUACGUAUGUAUCAAACUCAUUUGGUUUAAACUCACAAUCAAAAGUAUUUUUGUGCAAUUACCAGUCAUGUGUAGUUCCACGGUUCUGAAUUGCACGAGGAGAUGGUAUUUAUUCAUACUCAUCUGAGCAUCUUCAGGUUCUCCUGCAGAUCACGGCUUAAUUCUUUGAAGGAUGUAUGGAAGGCUAAUAUACUUGAUCAAGCCACAGAAGCUCAGUCUGGAGUUCUGUCAAAUUCAGCUUCUGUAUUCGAACUACAGAUACACGAUGUCAAGACGAAUCAAUUCACUGAAUAUCUAAAAGAUUUUGGAACAUUUCUGGAUAAAAUCAAAACAAAUGAAACUGAAGCCUGCUUGAUUGGUAGCUGGACUUGUGAUAUUGGCGAUCAGAAUGAAAUAUAUCAUUUAUGGAGAUUUGCGGGAGGUUAUAGCGGUCUUAGUACACAUUAUAACCUCAUGAAUAAUAACAAGGAAUUCGUUGAAUGCCAACAGAAAUUAAAUUCUUUCCUGCAUUCUCGCAGAAACCAAAUCUGCCUACCUUUUAGUUUCUGGCCUAGUCCUAAACCAACGAAAGAAGGUGCUGACAACAUUUAUGAACUUAGAUCAUAUCAUUUGAAGCCAGGCACAAUGAUUGAAUGGGGUAAUCAUUGGGCUCACGCUAUAAAAGUAAGGUCUAAGAAUGAUGAAGCGGUAGCUGGAUUGUUUUCUCAUAUUGGAGAUAUGCAUGUUGUUCAUCAUCUUUGGGCUUAUCGUGAUCUUGAAGCACGUAAGAAAUCACGUGAUGAAAUUUGGCAAGAUCCCAGUUGGGGGAAAUGCGUAAUGAAUACAGUUCCUUUGAUGCAUUCGAUGACAAGCAGCAUUCUUCGUCCAACACGGUACAGUCUACUCCGGUAAUUCGUCCUACAGCUUUUUCUCUGUAGACGUUGACAGGGUCUCAUUGUUUUGUGUGUUUUUGGGGCUUUCUCAUUUGUAUGUGUUUAUUGUGACUUUACACUUAGCUUUUUUUAAUGAAGAAGUCUUUGUAAUUUUUUUUUAAUGAUGAAUAUUUUCCUUAUUACUUGACGCAAAACUGCUUUUCACGUUGUUUUUUAAAAAUAUUCUUUUUAUUACUUCUUGAUGUACACUUCGUGGAAAUAAACAUUAUGCA